AUGUGCAACGCUAAGCUUAGUAGUGUGCUUCCAAAGUUAGGCUUGACCUCUUCCUCACCACCACCCCAUUCCAGUUCCAACCAAAAACACACAAUGGCUGCUAAGCGAGCUUGGUAUAUCGUGUCGAUGGACGUGUUCCAUCGACUGACCGUUCUGUCUAUUCUUGGUGUUUCGGCCUUCACCCUCGGUGGAUUCAUCAUGCAGUCUUACACAAACCACAAGACCCGAGAAGACGGCAAGUACUUCACCUUCCCUCUUCUGCACGAGACCAUGACCAAGGCCGAGCAGGAGAAGCUCCGAAUCGAGAAGGAAAAGGCCGAGGCUGCUGCCGCUGCCGCCGCUGCCGAGCAGCAGUAA